UUACUAGACGUAAAUAUUCCACAGAGCAAGUAACAUUUUUCAGUGAAAACGAACCACAGUAAUAGAGCUCGCCAAUUCUCAGAAAUUUCUAGUUUGUCAAUAACAUUCAAUCCUUCAGCAGCAUUCAUUUUCCAGAAAUGUCUAAAAAUGAGCGUGUGAUCUUGGCUUACAGUGGAGGACUAGACACUUCCUGCAUUUUAGUUUGGCUAAUUCAGGAAGGAUAUGAUGUCAUUUGCUAUUUGGCUAAUAUAGGACAAAACGAAGACUUUGGCACCGCAGAAGCGAAAGCGAUGUAUUUAGGAGCCAAAAAGAUUAUAAUUGAGGAUUUGCGCGAAAAUUUUAUCGACGACUACGUUUGGCCUUCCAUUAGAGGCGGAUUGAUUUACGAAGACCGAUAUCUAUUGGGAACAAGUCUUGCGCGUCCUUGCAUCGCCUCCGGCCUCGUUCGCGCAGCAAUUCGUGAGAAUGCUAAUUUCAUCUCACAUGGAGCUACCGGGAAAGGAAACGAUCAAGUCCGAUUUGAGCUGGCCUGCUAUUCACUCCACCCUACAGUCCAGAUUAUCGCACCUUGGCGCCUCCCCGAAUUUUUCUCACGAUUUGCCGGCCGGCAGGCUCUUUUUGAAUUUUCUGCUGCCAACAAUAUCCCACUACCAGUUACUCCGAAAAAUCCAUGGAGCUGCGAUGCAAACUUAAUGCAUAUCAGCUAUGAAUCUGGGAUUUUGGAGAAUCCUGAUCAAGAAGCUCCGGAAACCCUGUACCAAAUGACUUCGGCUCUUGAGACAUCCCCUAACGAUCCCACCGUUUUGGAGAUUACUUUCGAUAAGGGCAACCCAGUUAGUUUGAGGAAUACUGAAACGAACGAAGUAGUGACGGAACCGUUGGCCCUUUUCACGCGUUUAAACGAAAUAGCUGGGCGACACGGAGUCGGCCGUAUUGACAUAGUAGAAAACAGAUUCCUUGGCCUUAAGUCCCGAGGGAUCUACGAAACCCCAGCCGGAACUGUUUUGUACCAGGCACAUCUUGAUCUUGAAGCCUUGACAAUGGACCGCGAAGUUCGAAAGAUUAAACAAAAUUUGCAGCAGAAAAUGGCCGACCUGGUUUACUGUGGAUUUUGGUUCAGCCCUGAAUUCGAUUUCGUUCGUCAAUGCGUUGAUGCAUCCCAGAAGUGUGUUGACGGGACUGUCCGUGUAUCGCUUUUCAAAGGACAAGUCAGAAUUUUGGGACGACGAAGCCAAAAUUCAUUGUACAACCAAGAACUAGUUUCAAUGGAUGAACAUGGAGGCUAUGAUCCGGUGGAUGCAGGAGGUUUUAUCCGAGCUCACGCAGUACGACUAAAGGAAUAUUAUCGAGUCAAAACUGAAAAGGAAUGAAUUUCUCCGAUAAAUCUUUAAAAAAAAAUAAGAUUAGUGACUUGCAAGACGUGUGAAUCCAUAAAUAACCUACGAGUCAAUCUGAAAAAGGAAAUUUGAAAGUAGAACACAUAAAGGGCGGUGUAAGCACUUAUAAAUAUAAACAUCGUAAUAUUUACUUUAAAAAAUGCAUACGCUGUAGUCAAAAUAUUUUCUGUCAUAUUAUGAGUACACUAGUUCUUUAAAUGAAAA